ACUCGGUGGCACUUGGAGGACUCGACAUCACAUGAUCACGUCAGAGCUCCACAGGAAACGAAUCGAUCAGCAGGCAACUGUAGAAUUCAACAUGGCUGUUACCUACUGACAGUCGGAGAGUUGUUUUCAACUCGGAGGAGGGUAGCGUUUCACUGUCAAAUCCGUAGAGAUAGGAAAAAACACAUUUGUAAUAUUGUCCUCUCGCACAGACAGCAAUGGCUCAGUGCGUCCAGUCGGUGCAGGAGUUCAUCCAGGACUCGUUUGUCCCUAUGGUGGCCGUUCUGUGCAGCGAAGAUGCGGAGAAAGUGACUCGCAAAAACAACCUCAAUUUCUCGGAGCUGCUUCGGCCUUUCUGCCGGUUAACCUCUGAAGGUCACAUAAGAGACCCUAACAACCAGGUGCAGGGGGUGAAGAACCUGCGCAUCAGCGUGAACAACGUGGUGACGCGCCCCACCUCCGCGCCCGUGUCUGGCGUCCCGGGCCCCGCCCACCGCAAGCUGCUCAGCGAGGUGGUGUCGGCGUGCCAGCCGGCCGAGGGGGUGGCGGCCAAUGUCAUCACAGCCGGGGACCACGACCUCAACAUCAGCGCGACCACGCCCUGGUUCGAGGCCUACCGGGAGAGCUUCCUCCAGUCCAUGCCCGCCACCGACCAUGAGUUCCUCAACCACUACCUCGCCUGUCUCCUGGUGGUGUCGUCCAGCGAAGCCGUGCCGGUGGAGCAGUUCCUCAAGCUGUCCCAGGAGCAGCACAGGGUCCAACACAGCGGGGAGUACACCACCCCCAAAUGGUUCAUCCCCAACACCCUCAAAUACUACGUGCUGCUGCACGACAUGAGCGAGGGAGACGAACAGAGGGCGGACUCGGUGUACGAGGACAUGAAGCAGAGGUACGGCCCCACAGGCUGCUACCUGCUCAAGGUGAACUCCCGCAGGGCCACGGCGGGGGCAGAUGAGCAGAUCCCCGACCCCUGGAGCCAGUACCUCCACAAGAGCAGCCUGCUCAGCCAGGACCUCUACGAGGACCCCGCCCCGACUGCCGUGGCGACCAACUCCCCCGUAGAGAACAACGUCAGCUCCGCAGAAGACGACGGCCAUGACACAGGCCACAAAGUCUCCAACAGCCUGGACCACAGCCACCCCCUCCAGCUGGACGCCCCCAGCACCCCCGGGAGCCUGGACGCCCUCAAGGUCGCGACCUCCGAGCCCAGGAAGCCGCCCCCCGCCACGGGGCCGGGCACGAGCCACGGAGCCUGCCUCACGCUCAACGACCACGACCGCAUCCGACAGUUCGUCCAGGAGUUCACCCUCAGAGGCCUCCUGCCCCACGUAGAGAAGAACAUCAGGCAGCUGAACGACCAGCUGGUGUCGAGGAAGGGCUUGAGUCGCUCCCUGUUCUCGGCCACGAAGAAGUGGUUCGGCUCGGGGAAGGCGCCGGAGAAGAGCAUCAGCGAACUCAAGAACACCUCCGGCCUGCUCUAUCCGGCAGAAGCCCCAGAGCUGCAGAUCAGGAAGAUGGCCGACCUGUGCUUCCUGGUUCAGCACUACGAGCUGGCCUACAGCUGCUACCACACUGCCAAGAAGGACUUCCUGUCUGACCAGGCCAUGCUCUACGCUGCAGGGGCUCUGGAAAUGGCGGCGGUGUCGGCCUUCCUGCAGCCGGGGGCUCCCCGACCGUACCCAGCGCACUACAUGGACACGGCCAUACAGACCUACAAAGACGUGUGCAAAAACAUGCUGCUAGCGGAGCGCUGCGCUCUCCUCAGCGCCGAGGUCCUCAAGAGCCAGGCCAAGUACUCUGACGCAGCCACCCUCCUCAUCAAGAUGACCAGCGAGGACUCCGACCUGCGCAGCGCUCUCCUAUUGGAGCGCGCCCACUGCUUCAUCAACAUGCGGAACCCCAUGGUGCGCAAGUUUGCCUUCCACAUGAUCCUGGCCGGACACCGCUUCAGCAAGGCUGGCCAGAAGAGGCACGCGCUGCGCUGCUACUCCCAGGCCAUGCAGGUGUACAAGGGCAAGGGCUGGUCCCUGGCCGAGGACCACAUCAACUUCACCAUCGGCCGGCAGUCCUUCACCCUGCGCCAGCUCGACAGCGCCGUGGUGGCCUUCCGCCACAUCCUCACCAACGACAGCCAGCAGAGCGGCGUUCAGCAGGGGGCCUUCCUCCGGGAGUACCUGUACGUCUACAAGAACGUGACGGCGUCUUCCCAAGGCUCUCUCCCCCAGCUGCCUCUGCCCUGCAUCCACAGCUCAGCCACGCGCGUCUACUUCGGACACGAGCGCCGCCUCGCCGAGGGAGAGAAGCAGGCUGCCACCCACGUGUCCCUGGACCAAGAGUACGACCGGGACCUGGCCGCCAUGUGGCGGGACCUGGAGGAGCAGGUGGUUGCCGCCGCCAACCGGGGCGUUGUCCCGGGAACGUUUCACCCCACCCAGUGUUGCCUGAACAACCAGACAGACAACCUACGUUUCCCGCUCGCUGUUGUUGAGGAGCCCAUUAUAGUGGAGGUGGCGUUCCGGAACCCUCUCAAGGUUCCCCUGGAGCUGUCGGACCUGUCUCUCCUCUGGGAGUUCACUCCGAAAGACUUCUCUGGGCCGGGCGACGGCGUGGACGGCGAGCCCGUCAGCAACGAGGAGGAGGCCCUCCGUCCUGGGAUGGCGCAGAAGGAGGACGUCAUCGCCACCGAGGUCAUCCUGGAGUUUAGCAUGAGUCCAGAGGAGACCAAGCUGGCUCGUCUCAGGCUGCUGCCUCACCUGACUGGCCAGCUUCACAUCCUGGGCGUGGCCUACAACCUGGCCUCCUCCCCGUCCACUGGAGAGCCAGCCAAUAGCGUGGCGGGAUCACAGAGCGAAGGUGAAGGGUUGCUGGUCCGAGGUCGACAGGACCUGCAGAUUCAGGGGCCGCGGUUAAACCACACCAAAGAGGAGAAGACCUCUGUCUGCCACGGGCCUGACCGCCGACUCGACCCCACCAUAACCCCCCCCAUGCCCCUGCUGGAGGUGUUCUUCCUCCAGUUCCCCACCGCGCUGCUCUGCGGGGAGAUCCGGAAGGCGUACGUGGAGUUCUGCAACGUGAGCCGCGUGGCCCUGCGCGGCCUGCGGGUGGCCUCCACGCACCCGGACUUCUUCACCUUCGGCGGCGGCGCCGCCACGCCCCUCACCCCCGUCAGCCCCGCCGCCUCGGAGAACUGCUCCGCCUACAGGACCCUGGCCACGCCCGCCGGGGCCCGGCCGGGCGCGGCGGCGCCGUCGCUGGUGUCGGCGGCCGACUUUGGGCCGGCGGCGGGCGUGGCCGACAUCCCUCUCCCCGAGGGCGUGCUGAGGCCGGGAGAGUCCACCCAGCUGCCCCUGUGGCUCCGAGGGCCCGACCAGGAAGGGGUCCACGAGAUCAACUUCCUGUUCUACUACGAGAGCGCCGAGAAGGGCGGCAAGAUCAGCCACCGUCUGCGUCACACGGUGUUCAUCUGCGCCAGCCGCUCGCUGGCCGUGCGGGCCACGGCCUGCCGCAGCAACACUCUGCCCGAGGAGGAGGUGGAGGAGAAGGAGGAGGAGGGGGGGGCGGAGGGCCGGAACGGCGACAUGCUGGUCUUCGUCGACGUGGAAAACAUCAACACGAAUGAGGCGGGCGUGCGCGAGUUCCACAUAGCCCAGGUGUCCAGCAGCAGCAAACACUGGCGCCUGCACAAGUGCAUCAACAUGGCGGAGGAUAAAGACUGCAAGCUCACGAGCCGGGAGAGGACCAAGCUGUGCUUCCGAGCGAUGCGAUGCAAACCCCAGCCAGCGGCUGCCAGUGCUGCGGGGAGGUACACCUUCGCAGACCUCACCCUUGGAAAUGAACAGAUCAUCAGUUCCACCACGCCCUGCGCCGACUUCUUCUUCCGUCGAUGUCAGCCCUCGGAGUCGUGGCGGGGGGCGGCGCCGGCGCCGGGGGGGUCGUUCUCCCACUCCAGGAGCCAGGGGGCGGUCCCAGACGACACCGCCGCCAUCGUCAGGAAGUGCAGCGAGGUCGACCUCGACAUCAUCGUCCUCUGGAAGGCCUUUGUCGUCGAGGACAACAAGCAGCGGAUCCUGGAGGGACAGCUCCAUGUGGCUCUGCAGACCAUCGGCAGAGAGGCCUGCUCCCUGACCCAAAAAGAGGAAGCUCAGGAGAUGGUGCUGCUCAAGUUCAAACCAGAGCUGCCUCCCCCCAUGACCCGACCCUCUAUGGAGCAGCUCUCCCACCUCAUCAAAACCAACCUGCACUACCCUGAGAGCUACAGCCACCCGUUCAUACAGAAAAGCCUCUGUAUGGUGCCAGUGACUCUGACCCUGUCCAACUGCUCGCUGGCCCAAGUUGAAGUCUUCAUAGACCUGCGAAACAAACUGACCAGUCCAGAGUCCUUUGAGGUUCACGGGUCCUUCACGUGGCUGGGCCAGACUCAAUACAAGCUGCAGCUGAAGGCACAGGAAGUGAUGCGCGUGUCCCUGCGAGCUUGCUUCCUCCACGCGGGCGUCUACAACCUGGGCACGCCCCGCGUCUUCGCCAAGCUGGCCGAUCAGGCAUCCGUGUGCGAGACCAGCCAGCAGACGGCUCCCCCCGCCCUCAUCAUAAUCAACAGCACCUAAGCUCCUCCCCCUCCACGAAUAACUCAACCAAUCAGCAUCAAGAGCACCUAGGCUCCUCCCCCCCCUCCACAAGUACCCCGACCAAUCAUCAGCAAGGCGCGGUGAGAGCCACACCCACUAAAAGACCCACAGGCCCACUUGGAAACUUGACGCCCUGCCCCUCCUAUCCCCGAAUAAUACUCAAUACUGGACAAAGGAAAGCAGUUGUUUUGUAUUUCUUAAUAACAUUUCUUAAGUAUAUUUAACGAGAUGGUCUGUUUUGAAAUGAAGCCUGCAUCGGCUGAGGUUCCGAGCGUUAGCAGGAGGCAGCAGAUGGACCUGAUGUCUCAGCAGCAGAAAAGCUUUGUGUGGAUGGAACUCUACCUGACAUGAAUAUGUCACCCGCCCCCUAACAAAGGAGACCUCCUUUACUGGAACCAAAUCUGUGAAAUGGAGGAGUGUGACGAGACACGUUGGAACACACUGGCUCAACCCGCCCCCUCCCCCCCACCCACCCCCACGGUGGCCUCAGCUUCCCCACCGAGAUUUCUUUCUUUUGACUUCCUCGAGCGUCGGAAUUCAAUUCAAAGGUUGUUUCGUUGUCGCCACGGAAAUCGGCGCAGCAUGUUUACUUCCUGGAUGACCUGGAGCGCAGCGGCGUUCCUCUGCCUCGGCGAGGCUGCAGCCGUGGUGUCACCUCAACUACGCCGGUGGGAGGGGAGGGGGGGGGGUCCCCCCCUUGUCCUGUUGAGCCUCACUUCCUCCUGAACUCUUUGAAGUGACUUUUGACGGUGACUGUUGACCACUAUGUCGUGAAAGGCUUCGACUUACAGCUCCUAGAUACUGCCCGCCCAAUUGUCUGUCCAGUCUGUCCUAUCGGUCUGUCCCUUGAGACUGUGUCCAACCCACGUGUACGCAUUACAUUUUCUACAACAAAAAAUAAAUUGAAAUCCCACCCCAACAAAAUUCAUUGGACCCUCACCCCCCCCGCCCACCUUGUGAUCAAGCUGUUAUUUAAAUGUAUGUAUUUACUCAACUGCUUUUCUGGAAAUGACGUAUUAUAUUUAUAACAAAUCUACUGUAAAUAGGAAAUAAAAAUGUAACCAAUGA